AUGGGAGGGAUCAGAGACGCGAUCAAAACUGGCUGUGGCUACUACGAGUUGUGUUUGUUGUCUGAUGAGCAGCGAGCGUUAGCAACAAUUUUAAGACAUAGUUCCUGGGACCAAAAAAUAGGUUCGAUAGAGGAUAGUGAAGGUACGCAACGAAUCUGUUCCAGUAAUAAAUAUAAAUGGAGCUGG